AUGAUGUAUAAUACAGCAGCCCGACGUCGCACGGCGCACAGCCAUCGCUAUCUAUAUACAACGCAGCCCAAAAAAGUGUAUACGUCACAGCACGUCGUCAUCCCCGGGCCUGAUUCCCGGAAAGGCAGGAAAGGCAGGAAAGGGGAUCUCCGAUCGCCUACUAGAAACAGACAGUGGGCCACGCAUCUGAACUGGAACCGCGGAUCCCAAAUGCGCCUUGGAUCUAUUAUCAGCAUCUCUAUCUCCGUGGAGUCUGCAGGCGGGGGUUGGCUUUCCCAACCACAGGGCUGUUCCGAUUGGGGGGAUCUGCAGCCGAGCCCGGGAAUUGGGGAAUCCUGGGUCUCGGCAACUGCUGAAAGUCUUCUCCUGCCAACCCCCAAAAGGGGCAAGUGUGGGACGCGGCACCAUUCCCAAGAAGGCAAGGCGCCAGGCCCCGCCCCCACCCGCACCCUGAGUCAGCGCCGUUUUCGGGCAGACAGGACCACUGGCGGCGACGGGUGA